AUGGAAACCCCAAUGUGGUUAUUUCUACAAGCUACUUAUUUUGAAAAGCUAUCAACUAUCAAGCACACUAGCUACUAUAAAAUCAUUUAAACAAUGUUUCUCUCUCAAUUUAAAUUCAUUAAAAUUGUAAAUGACAUAUUGCUUGUGUUAGCAUAUAUAGCAGCUUCAAAUUAAUUAAUCAGUAAUAAUCAUGAAUUCUGAUCAUGAUCAAGAUCAAGAAGAUCAUCACGAGCUCAGGAGAGGGCCUUGGACGCUUGAAGAAGAUACUCUCCUCGUUCAUUACAUUGCUCGUCACGGAGAAGGCCGAUGGAAUUUGGCUGCGAUUCAUGCAGGAUUAAGAAGAAUGGGCAAGAGUUGUAGACUUCGAUGGCUAAAUUAUAUAAAACCUGAUGUUAAGCGAGGAAAUCUUACUCCCCAUGAACAAGUUUUGAUUCUUGAUCUCCAUUCGAAAUUGGGUAACAGGUGGUCAAAAAUAGCACAACAUUUACCAGGAAGGACUGAUAAUGAGAUCAAGAAUUAUUGGAGAACCCGAGUUCAGAAACAAGCCAAGCAUCUUAAAAUUGAUGCAAAUAGUACAGCUUUUCAAGAAAUAGUUAGAUCAUUUUGGAUGCCAAGAUUGCUUCAAAAGAUUCAAGAAUCAUCAUCAUCAACUCCCGACCAUAAUUUACCUCUACCGACACUACCGGAACUGGGAGCCGCGCAGGUCCUAUUGCCUCAGCAUGACCAAAAUUAUUCAGACUCAGAGAACGGUUCAAACUCUUCAACGAGCCAUUUUCAUGGCAUGAGUUACAUGGAAGAAGCAACGGACCUAGCAACUCAGUCGGUGUCCGAGACUCCGGUCAGCGGUAGCCAAGUGGCGGAAAGUAAUUGGAUGGGAUGCGAUUUUGGUGAUAAUGACAUUUGGAGCAUGGAGGAAUUUAUGGCGAUUUAGAAACUUAUACUACUAAUUUUAUGGU